AUGAUUGUAUUCCUAUUUUUAUUUGCCUUUCUUGGGCUGGCAAUCGGAGCUCCGGAGAGCGAUGAAAAGUUUUGGACGUUGGACGAAGCCUUAGUAGACGUGUAAGACAAUGGUGUGACAAUUUUGUUAAAAAUUUCAGCGCCCCAGAGCACUUCGAGGGUGUCAAACAGUACUUCCAAUGCAUCAAGGACAAUAUUACGAUAGACGAGAAAUAUCUCGGAAACGCCAUCCGUAGUAACCUGGAAUAUGACAAGGGAAUCUUCGCUUUUAUGUUAGGUCUCUACGACAGAGACACUUCAUGCUUUCGUGAAUCCGAUGACAAAUAUAUUAGGGCUUGGGGGAAUGUGAUGGAUGCAAUGGCCCGAGCGAGACACGAGCUCAGAGUUCUAAACUUAGAAUAUCCGUACCUGAAAGGAUUCGACAUCAGCACAUAUGUCGAUCUGCUGAACCGGACCAGGUGAGCCAGUCUUUCCCUACUUUACACAUCUCUAUGUAAUGUUUCAGCCGUAUCAACCAAUUUGAUCCGUGGUUCAUGUUGUGCUCCGUGUAUGGCCAACGCCCCAUGCGACCAUUCGCCCUCUUCCACAGACUCGCGGUUGCUUUGGGAAUCAUCACGGAAGAGUUGGUCCCAGGAUCGUAAGACGUUUCCUUCCCAUACAGAUAAAGUUAAGGAAGAGAGUAAAAAAAAGUUGAUUUUCAGCGGUAUACGGGCUUCCCAUAGGGAAUUGCCGCAAAAGCUCCAAGAAUACUUGAACCCGGGCCUGUUUGACGGAAGCUACAUAUUCGCCGACCAGGUCAUUGUUGGGUGCAUUGACGACAGUGAUUCGUGGGCUUCAAUGAAAAUCACAACAAUGAAAUACUUAUCACAAUUAUAA